GGCGGGCGUGGCCGGAUGCCGGCGGCGCGGCGGGCGCUGUGGCCGGGCUGCGAGCGGCGCAGGAUGAAGGUGCUGGUGGCGGCGGCGGCGCUGGGCGCGGCCCUCCUGCUCCUGCUGCCCGCGGCCUCCCGCGCCGACGAGCGCAAGAAGGGACCCAAGGUCACCGCCAAGGUGUUCUUUGACCUGCGGAUCGGAGAGGAGGAUGUGGGCCGCGUCGUCAUCGGGCUCUUUGGCAAGACGGUGCCCAAGACAGUGGAGAACUUCAUGGCCUUGGCCACCGGAGAGAAAGGAUUUGGCUUCAAGGGCAGCAAGUUCCACCGUGUGAUCAAGGACUUCAUGAUCCAGGGAGGAGACUUCACCCGCGGCGAUGGCACUGGAGGAAAAAGCAUCUAUGGAGACCGCUUCCCUGACGAGAACUUCAAGCUGAAGCACUACGGGCCGGGCUGGGUGAGCAUGGCCAAUGCCGGCAAGGACACCAACGGCUCCCAGUUCUUCAUCACCACUGUGAAGACGCCGUGGCUGGACGGGAAGCACGUGGUGUUCGGCAAAGUGCUGGAGGGCAUGGACGUGGUGCGGAAGGUGGAGAGCACAAAGACGGACAGCCGGGACAAGCCCCUCAAGGACGUCACCAUCGUCGACUGUGGCACCAUCGAGGUGGAGAAGCCGUUCGCCAUCGCCAAAGAGUGACGGGACCAGGCCCUGCCAGGCUGUGAGGGGCUGUGGGACGGGGGCUGCCGUGCUCCCCCUGCCCCGGCGCCACUGGGUCCUGCUGUGUCCCAGUGCCCGGCCUCUCUUCCUGCUGCCUCCCAGCCAGCGGGACGGGGCACAAGCUGCUCUUCCAUCACUUUUGUAAGAAGCACAUGCACCAAUAAAUGUGACCAAUGUGUUUUUUUAAA